AUACGCAGCAUAUUUUAUAAUUAGAUUUCGAAAUCACUAACACUUCAAAAUGUCCAGUCGCACCAAAGCAAGAAAGACUAACAAGAAGCGCGCUCAACGUGCGACUUCCAAUGUCUUUGCUAUGUUCGAUCAAGCUCAAAUUCAAGAAUUCAAAGAAGCUUUUAACAUGAUUGAUCAAAAUCGUGAUGGAUUUAUAGAUGCAGAUGAUUUGAAAGACAUGAUGGCCUCCUUGGGGAAAGAAGUUACAGAUAAAUACAUUGAUGACAUGAUCGGUGAAGCCCAUGGUCCAAUCAAUUUCACAAUGUUUUUGACAAUGUUCGGUGAAAAAUUGAACGGAACAGAUCCAGAAGAAGUUAUCAAAAAUGCUUUCGCAUGUUUUGAUGAAGAAAGCACAGGUAAAAUAAAUGAGGAUUAUCUGAGGGAAUUGCUCAUUACGAUGGGUGAUCGAUUCACAGAUGAACAGGUUGAUGACAUGUUCCGUGAAGCACCAAUUUCACAGAAAACUGGCGAUUUCGAUUACGUUGAGUUUACAAGAAUUCUAAAACACGGAGCAAAAGAUAAUGAAAACUAGGAACUAAAGGAACUGGAAACUCGUUUAUUGAUUGCACAAUCGCCAAAUUUAUAGCUCAAAUCUUAUCGAGUAUGGAACAUGGAUAAAUCAUACAUAAAUACUGACUCGUGUAUUACCCAUACUUGAGAAAUCAAUAAAUUGUCUUUUUUCUUCUGUGAGUGGAUAUAGCAGUUUUCCAGCAUAAGAUUUUAAAAUUAUUAUUUCAGCCACUCCCCAGCCCCGCCCCCUUCUUUUUUUUAUAUAAGAUAUCAUUACUAGUGUUCCUGGUAUCCAUUUCAUUACUCCAAAAUAGUAUUGCUUGCCAUGAUAGCUUGUAAUCAUAUUUUACUAUACAUCUUGCACAAGAAUUUUUAUUCAGAAAUGGUCAGUCAAGUGAUUUGCUUUGUGGAAUUUUGUUGCAUUCACCUACUUGGUGAUUUAUUUUCCAGAAGAUUUUUUCCGGGAGUAGAAUUAUUGUCUCAUGUGCCUUAGUAAGAAUACAUUAGUGAUUUUUGUUUUAAUCGAAAAACAUUCCAAAUUUAGUUAUAUAGCUUUGCAAUUUUUUUUUAAUGCGAAAUAAAAUAAUGUCUUGCGAUUUGAGAUACUUAUAACUGAAGUAAAUAUGUGACAUAUGAGUUUUUUUCUACACUAGAAAAGGAUUUUUUUUGAAAUUUUUGUGGCUUGAAUAGCUAAAUAAUCCAGAUUUAUUCCUAAUUUUUGUUUUUUAGACACCAGUAAUGCACAAAUAGUACUUAACUGAUCGAUUAAAAAUGAUUUGAUGUCUACACUUGUAUAAUGAAUUCUAUAUACUGAUUAAUCAAAAUUGUGAUAUUGUACA